AUGACUCUUCAGAGCUCGGCUUUCCCACUAAUUUCGAAACAACACUCCACUGAGGUUGAAUUGUCGGGUUAUGGAAUGAACUUCAAUUAUGCCUGGUCUGAGGUUGAUAAUGAUAUCAGCACUGGCCUCUCCGAUGCCAAACCAGACAUAAUUGAGUCCUACCGGAAAACCGACUACCCUUGGGCAGCGAUUGAUGCCCUCUCUGAGGCACUUGCUCCCACUUCGUACAACAUUGGCAUGCCAGCUUUUGCUGUUGAGGCAAAGGGCUCUGACGGGAGUAUCGAGGUAGCUCAAGUCCAGUGUGCGUACGAUGGAGCCCUCAUGGCCAAUGCCGCAAUGGCAUCGCACCUUUACAUGGGCAAGUACGACAAGGAAUUCUACGGUCAAACGAAAGCCGUCACAGUUGCUUUCAGUGCUCAGAAUCUCAAAAUCUACGGCCAUCAUGUGCUUCAUAACGAAUCUGAGGACAGAGAUGCAGAGGUUGAGUUCAUCAAUUCCAACUCAGCAGCGAUACUCCUCGCGAGUCUUUCGAAGACUUUCAGCGCGCAUACAAGCGUACAAGGAAUGCACAGGACAUCGGCUAUCGGCUUGCAACUGAAACAAAAGAUGCACUGUGGGCCUUUGUAA